GCACAAAGAGCAACAAAUCUGAGCGUGUUCAUCCAGGGCAAUACCGCGUUCGUUGAUUGGUCAAUAGAAGGCGACCCCGAUAACGUGACUGGGUUUGAAUUAUUCUACGAGCUCGUAGAAUCAAGUGGUACUGCGAUAUUCACGUAUGGGAUAAGCCGUCUCCAGAGAACCUUUCGAAUCAUUGGCCUUUUACCUUUCAACAAAUACCGUAUAUACAUGGUGACGAUAACGGAUCUGGGUAGAAGGAACCAAAGCGAGGUGGUGGAGUUCACCACAAACAAUGUCACAGGGAUACAGUUUCUUGAGAGCACAGCCAGGGGAAUACAGUUGGAGGAAGCCAUUGUUCUAUUUAUAGUAGUGUGUCUCUGGGCAUGCGCAAUGGUGUUGUUUGUGAAGCAGUGGGAUAAUAUCCGGAUAUUAGAACCACAGGAGCCUCGCUUCAAGCAUAGUCCAAAAAAUCUGCACACAAUAAGGAUAGUUAAGAAACCUCAGGAUAGUGUUAUUUACAAAAACUACAGCCGUAAAAUGUCAUUGACAAUGGUGGAACGCGAGAAAAAACUUCUUCGAAUGAAUACGGUGCCUAUAAUGGAGAGCGUGUCCUCGCUUAAAGCUUUGACAUCGAAAUACAGGAGUAACUUGCCAACGAUUGAAAUGGAAGAGACGUCUUAUAUGCCCCCGAUUGAACCUAUUGAAGAAGUAACAGUGAUUAACGAAAAUUCCAUUGAUUGACCAGAAGCUAAUCAUGGUCGCUUAAACUGCAUUUUUGCUAAGAAGAGGCUUCUUUUUAAUGUAACAUGCAAUACAAGCGGAAAGUGUCGUUUCUGAUACGCCUUGUGGAUUGCUUUUGCUAAUGUCGGAGAAACUCUUCGCACAGCUAUAAAACCCUGUUUUUCCAGAGCGAAACUCAAAUACAGAAAAAACCUGACAAGGAUUGACAUGGAAGAGAUGCCUCAUAAACCGUGUUCUACAAUCGUGUCCUAUUGGAAAAAUCACGGUAAUUAACAAAAACUCAACAUCUUAGAAGUGUACUCCUUACAAUGACAUAUUGUACACAGGAAUUAAGCAAGACCAAUUUUUGUCGAAAAUGCGUAUAGUGUAUCGUAUAUGUUCCUCAGUGUAAGUGUAAAUACGAUUGUUAUUCCUACAGGAAUAUAUUACAUAGCUUAGUAUAAUGACUCAUAUAUGGCUGUUAUUAAUAUACUGUGUUGUAUACGUCGCUCAAAUUGUUAUACAUGUAUAUUUAAUAUAUUAAGUAUAUAAUAUAUUGAUUGACGAUAUUCCACAAUUUCUUCUGGAUCACAGGUAAUACAUGCUCAUUGCUCUAAGGGCGGUAAACUAAUCAAGUAUUGCAUUUGUGAAUAGCAUUUACGGAGUUUAUCCCUCUGUUAUCAAAACGUGUUCACUAUAUGUACAUAUUAUUAUAUAAAAUCAAUAAAACUUUGUAAUAAUUC